AAAAAAAACCCCUCUCACUCAGGCGCCCACUCUAUCAGCGCCCAGUCGCUGUUGUCUGUGCUGCCUGCUGGAGCCGUAAGAUGGACACGGAGAGUUGUUUGCCUUUCUCUUCGCAGACCAGCAGGAGGACGCCGGAAAACUCUCCGAGACUGGAGCACGGCGGCUCCGGCUCCUUUCUCCCCUGCGAUGAGCUGCAGAAACCCUCGCAUCUUCCUCCUCCUCCUCUUCCUCACCGCCUCAGUCUGCGCGGGGAUCUGUACGCAGCCGCCGCCGCCAUGGGGAGGUUUGGUGAUGCUGCGGCGGACUUUACGCACGGCGCAGCCCCGGCGAACCCACCCGCCUCGCCGUCUAAACACAGCAAGUAUUUGGACAGUAUGAACCAGGAUCAAAAAGGGACAGCGAUAAGCGGCAAGCCGGUGUUUUAUGAAAACAGCUCGGAAGUCAGAGAGAAGGGAACUCCGAAGACCAUGAGCUAUCCUGGUAUUGGCUCAGACUGUUGUAGCAAGCUGAAAGAGCCGGGCGGUGGUUUACAUGGGGACUCUAUCGCUGACUCCAUUGAUUUAUCGGGCAAGAACAAGAAGCGGCGCAAUCGCACCACGUUCAGCACCUUUCAGCUGGAGGAGCUGGAGAAAGUGUUUCAGAAGACACACUAUCCUGAUGUGUACGCGCGGGAGCAGCUGGCCCUGAGGACCGAGCUCACUGAGGCUCGGGUUCAGGUCUGGUUCCAAAAUCGUAGAGCCAAGUGGAGGAAACGGGAACGCUAUGGGAAGAUCCAGGAGGUCCGCAACCACUUUGCUACAUAUGACAUCUCUCUUCUCCCUCGCCAUGACACAUACCAGAUGCAGGGCAACCUGUGGCCAGGGGCGGCUUCAGGAGGAGGCGGUGGUUCAGGUGCCGGCUGUGUCCUAGGAGCUGACUCCAUCCCCUCGUCCUGCAUGAGUCCAUACCCUCACCCCCACAGCAAUCUGCAGGGCUUCAUGGGCAUGCCCCCAUCCCCCAGCCAUCCCCACCACCACCACCCGCCUCACCAUCCGGGCAUCAACGGCCUCUACUCGCUCCACAGCUUCCCAGGAGGCCUCGGGUCCCCUUCCAUCGAGGGGCCCGAGACUGAAUACAAGCCGACGGGCCUGGUGGCGCUGCGGAUGAAAGCCAAAGAGCCAGGCAGCAUCCUCUCCUGGCCUACAUGACCACAACAGUGCCAGCUCCCCAUUAUGCACUGACUGAGCCAAAGCAUAUUACAUUCCUGACGCAUAGUCAGUCCCCGGUGUACGCACCCACCUCAGCAUAUGACUCAAAUAUUUCCUCUUAACAUUUAUAUAAGCCAACUUGGAGACUUUUCACAAUUCAGAAGAUCUUGGAAUAAGAAUUGAGGGCAACUUGACCUCUUGCACGAAAACCCAGCGUAUUAAUUGGAACUUAAUUGUUUUCAGUUUUAGUUUGAUAUCACAAUGCUGAGACCAAAGAGGAAAAUUAUUUAAGCAUGUAAAAACUGUAAUUAUCAUAUUAAUCAUUGUUGGUUUUUUUUUUGUCUGUUGUGCUUUAUAGUGUGACCAGUAAUAAAGGCCUCCAUCUAAA